AUGGCUAUUCAUAAAUUAAUAAUACUACGUCAUGGAGAGUCAGAAUGGAAUCAUGAAAAUAAGUUCUGUGGGUGGAUCGAUAUACCAUUAAGUGAAAAGGGCCGGGAUGAAGCACGAUUUGCUGGCCAUUUGAUUCAAAAGUAUAAUCUCAAGCCGACGAUAACUUAUACGUCAAAAUUGACAAGAUCCAUACAGACCGGAGACAUUAUACUUGAAGAAUUGGGACGGUUGUGGUGCGAUGUUGUGAAGACAUGGAGGUUGAACGAAAGACAUUACGGGGCAUUUCAAGGAAGAGAUAAGAACGAGGUGUAUUGUGAAUUGGGUGCAGAAAAGUACCAGUACAUAAGAAGGGACUAUAAUGGGACACCACCGCCUGUCGAAACGCAAUCUAAGGAUGAUUGUAUCGAUGAGAGAUACGAGGUGGACAACGUUGACAUUUCAGAUCUUCCCCGAGGCGAGUCGUUGAAGUUGGUGAUGGAGAGGGUGAUUCCAUAUUUGCAGAAAGAAAUUGUGCAGGGAAGCUUGAUUGGUGACAACAAGACUGUGCUUGUGGUAACACAUGGAAGUAUAGUAAGGAGUGUGAUCAAGUAUUUCAAGGGUGUGAGCGAUGCUGAUAUCUCGAAGAUUAAUGUUCCGACCGGGGUUCCGAUGGUGUUUGAACUUGAUGACGAUUGUAACAUGGUGGGGGACUACUACUAUCUUGAUCCAGAGUUGGCAAAGAAAGGAAUUGAGAAGGUAAGCAACGAGGGUACCAAGUAA